CAAGCCCUUGGGCGGCUCAAGGUGAUGGUCGGGCCCCGAAUGCGGUGGCAGUGAGGGGUGCGGGCGUGAAUCCAUCCCAUCCAGGCGGCCAUGGUGGAGUUUGAGUAUGACAUGACCAAGUGGAAGGAGGCGCAAAUCUGGAGCGGCGGCCCUGUGGAAGAUUGGGAGGUGCCUGGAAAGGAUGGCUCCAAGGCAGCCGUCAGUGUCCACCCACGCGACAUGAUGGACUACCACGGCUUGAGCAACAUGUGGCCUCGGGAGCUCUAUUCCCGCGCGGUGUGCGUGGGUGAGGAGCAAUACCUGGAAGUGAUCAAGUUGCAGGAGGAGCUCCGGUUUCACUUCUACUACACCGGGCUGGACCCGAUGGAUGGAACGGACGAUCCCAAGGAAUACCUGUGCCUCGUGGUCUAUAGCAAGGCCGACUGGAAAGGCAUCGAAGGAGGCCUGGAGCAGCUGGGGAUUCACCUCGCCGAAAGCCCGGAAGAGCCGGUGGACCAGGAGACGGAGGACUUGGCGAUUCAGAUGAUGCUUCGAGCAUCCGAUGCGUGGAUCACCUAUUGCGACCCCUGGAUGAAGCGGCAGUUCGACGCUGCGGGAGCCGAGCUCCAGCCAGGGAAGGUCUAUCGAUUGGACGAAGAUGGCCUUCGAGAGAAGUUGGGCCUUUGAUUGGUCGGAGAGUUGCACAGCCCUUUCCGUCACCCACAGGAAGGCCUCAGUGGCAGCAGGACCGCCACCACAGUUCCACAGAAUGCAGCAGGCCGGUUCGUUAACAUUGGGAUUCGGACGGAGGGGGACAAAGCCUGUGCCAACUCUGGCGGCUCGGGGCAUGUACAAAGCCGUUGUUAGCUGGUGUGAGUAGCUGUAGGCUUCGUGGCUCCCGACAAACCUUUGCAGAAGCAGUUGCACAAGC